CAGCCAGUGAUUGAAAAUUCAGUUUUUCCACUUAAUGUACAAUUUAAGAGACGUGUGAGUCUUUGGCUGUGGGAUCAUGCAGACCUGAAAUGCGUUGAGAGGAAUCCACAGCAACAAAAGAAGCACGCUUUAGUAACAAGACUCCUAAAGCUGCAGACCCAUAAGGAUCAGAGGAAGAUUCCCUGUGUGCUUGAAUCCCCAUGGAUCCUCUGGGAGCUCGCUCGCAGUUCAUCGAUGUUCAGACAUUACCCAGCUGGGACCAGCCUCAGCAGGGGGAUGAGCCGGACUCCAGCAAAACCAACCAGCAGCUCUAUAAAGACAGGGACACCGGCUCUCCAUUCCCAUACAGGGAACACAUCAAUAAAAAAGUGGUUCUGUUCAAUGGGAAUGUAGCCCUCCUGAAUUGCACGGCCAUAGUCAACACAAGCAAUGAAACUCUGAUUGAUAAGAACCCCAUUUCUGACAGUAUUCACUCGCUCGCUGGGCCUGAGCUUAAAGAAGAGCUUCUCAAACUGAAAGGCUGUCGAACAGGGGAAGCUAAGAUGACCAAAGGGUUUAACCUGGCUGCCCGAUUCAUAGUUCACACAGUAGGGCCCAAAUACAAAGCCAGAUACAGGACUGCUGCCGAGAGCUCACUCUACAGCUGCUACCGGAAUGUCAUGCAGCUAGCCAAGGAGCAGGCUCUGGUUUCUGUGGGGUUUUGUGGUAUUAACUUGCCCAAGAGAGGGUACCCAAUAGAGGAUGCCACCCACAUAGCACUCAGAACAGUCCGUAGGUUUCUGGAGAACCAUGGAGAAACAAUUGAGACUGUAGUGUUUGCUGUGACAGAUCUAGAGGAGCCUGUAUAUAAGAAGCUGUUGCCACUGUACUUCCCGAGAUCUGUAGAAGAAGAGCACAGGAGUCUCCCUCUCAUCCCUGCAGAUAUUGGCAAUUCUGAAGGAGAACCAGUUGUACCAGAGAGGCAAAUCCGCAUUUCAGAAAAACCAGGCUUUCAUGAAGAUUCAGAACAGGAGGAUGAUUUGCAAAAGGACUUGUCCUUCGUGGGCUCCCACGCUUUUGCCAGGAUGGAAGGAGAUGUUGAUAAGCAACGGAAGUUAAUUCUGCAGGGGCAGAUGUCCGAGGCAGCACAGCAUAAACAACACCAGAGAAACUAUAACCGUUGGCUUUGUAGAGCAAGAGCAGAAGACUUGUCAGACAUUGCGGCUUUAAAGGCAUUAUAUCAAACAGGUGUGGAUAUCUGUGGUCGAACGGUUAUGGUUUUAGUAGGAAGAAACAUUCCUGUAGCACAAAUAGACAUUGAAAAGGCCCUGCUGUAUUUUAUCCAUGUCAUGGAUCACAUAGUAGUGAAGGAGUAUGUCCUGGUGUAUUUCCAUACGCUGACUGGUGAACACAAUCACCUGGACUCUGAUUUCCUAAAGAAGCUUUAUGACAUUGUAGACAGCAAGUAUAAAAAGAACCUGCAAGCUUUUUACUUUGUGCACCCCACAUUCCGUUCCAAGGUGUCAACAUGGUUUUUCACCACAUUUAAUGUCUCUGGGUUAAAGGACAAAGUUCAACACGUGGAGAACCUCCAGCAGCUCUUUACAUGUAUAUUACCAGAGCAAAUCGACAUCCCCCCUUUUGUGCUGGAGUACGACGCGCGGGAGGUUAAAUCAACUGGGAUUAUUGAAAUGGAUGAGCCACUGGAAAACAUGCAUUCCGAGCUAUUUCUAGAGGCCGGCUGGAGGAGGUGUAAGGAGAUAAUUGCACAGCCCCAGCCUCGACUUUAAGUACUGAUUUUAAUGGUAAAUGGGCCUUACCAUCCUUACUACUCGUCAUUGCCUGACCUUUGAAGAAAACCAAGACUCUUUGAUUUCACAGACACAAACAUGCUGUCAGCUGGACAUCCAAACUAUGCAUGCUCUCUACCUAUGAACAGAGAGCUCUUUUUCCCUCUUUGUACAAAGUAAUUUCAAGCUUUGUUCAACCUUGAGCCAUACAUUUCUCAAACAAUAAAUAUGUAGAUCAGUUCAGGGAUAAGCCACUGAUGUGUCUAAUUCUGAGAUUUUUUUAAAAUCUGUAUUCUGUAAAAUAGUGAAUUGCAAGUUAUGUGUACAGGGAGUUAAAACUUAAAAGAUUCAACCUGUCAAAGGCCUGUCUUCAGCCUUUAAAGGAGUGUGUUAGUAAUCAGUACAUUUCCCUUGUGUCAGUGGCACGGGUUAUUUGAGUUCCUCUUCGAAGUGAAAAAUGUCACAGUUCCCAAUUAGAUAUCUGCAGAGACUGCACAAAAUAAAAUGAGCUGAUGGGGGCCAGUGACUUUUUUACUUUUAAAUUCUGACACUAUAGCCUUUGAACCCAGCAUUAAGAUCACUAUUUGGCAGUGUUGUCCUAGGGAUAUUGUGGAGUUUCAUUUGUGUCCAAGAGAUUUAUUUUAGGUGUGUAGCACUUGGAAACUUCUCCAGUCAACAAAUCAUUCAUUGUGCCUAAACCACCCCAGCUAUGUUUCUUAGCAUCAGAUUGGGUGGGGGUGGAUAUGUGUAGGUUAAGAGUGGUUACUUUUCUGGAACUCUUCCCUGUGAUAUGACUCUAUUCCACAAGAAAAUGAAUUAUGUGGAGCUCUUUUAUUUUUGAUUGCUGUACAUGUUUACAGAUGGUUCCAAAGCAAUAUUCAGUCUUUCCUUUUAAAUCAGUCUUUCCUUAUUUAAAUUUGCAAAAAUGAAAACUUACAUCUGUGGAGUCAUCCUCUUCUUUUAAGUUGAUUAACUGCCACUAUUCUCAAAAUAGCUGGACACAUACAUAUCUCCUGCAUGACUGUUCUGAAUGGUAAGCUGCUUGUAUUGUAAGUGACUCUGCAGCAGCAGUUGUUGAUGAUGCAUAGUUCACCCCCCCCCCCCCCCAUAGUCGCCAAGUUGCUUUGGAUAAAAGUGUCUGAUAAAUGACGAAUUAUUAUUAUUAUUAUUGUAGGUAUCAAUCUAGUGUUAGUGUUUGUAAAUACAAUCUGUGUGUUCUUUCGUUCAGAUGACAAAACCUCUACAUCGGUCAGCUAUAGGAGUAGGCUACUGAAAAUAAACUUGGUAUGGUUCCUGGAGUGCAGGGCGAGUCAUGGAAAGCUUUCUGGUUCCAAUCCCAGUCAUGACGUGUUGGUGAUCUUGGCCGGGGUCUUAGUGCGGGCUGCAUUGGCCUUUGCAUGUCAGUGGGUUAAAGAAUAAAUUCUGCCUGGUCCAGGCAGUUACUGGCCAGUGACUUGCUAGACUGGACCUCGCCUCCAAGCUUCAGUAGCUUGGCAACAUCCAGUGCUUUGGUUUAACGGGUGAAGAAACUAUUGGUUGUCUGUUGAUCUUCAGACCUCCUAAACAAGUAAGUGGGUUGGUGACAUUCAUAUUAUGGAGAAAACGCAGGCUAAAAAAUAAGCUGUAGAAAUAAGAGGAACACAUUUUGAUAUGGUAUUUCUUCAUUUAGUUAUCUGUGUUGGCUAAGGGGUGAUGGUUGGAAGAAACUGGAGAGUUACUACCAUAAUUGCUGUGCACAAAUGUCGUUUGCCUUUAUUUUUAUGUGUUUUAUUUUAAUACUACUGUUUAACUCUUCCUGUGUGAAAUGCUGUAGUUUACCCAGCUGUCUAAAAGAUGUGUGAAACUUUAGUGUAAUAAGCAGGCUAGUGUGGGGCCUUGAACAGUGAUUACACUAAGAGAAACUCAUUGCAUUUACAGACGUUUAGCUACAAAAGGACUAUGGCAAGAUUUCAGGCAAAAUACCUAUCUAGAAGUGGGGAAGUUUGGUGAAAGGUAAUUCAUUAAAAUAUUUUCCAAGUGCCCAAACAGUAUGUACAUUGCAAGAUUAUGUAGUGUGGUGUGUGUUUUUUUGUUUUUUUCCCUGGCAUAAGGAUAUGAAAAAUGACAGUAUUAUUUAAAGUGAAAAUAGGUUAAGACUCAAUGUAUUGGAUGUUUAUUUUCUUUAAAGACAUCUUGGAAAGAGAAGAGCCAUUUCUCCCCCAGCUGCUGGUUUUCUCUGUCUGUCUGUCUGCCUGCAUGCUGGCCUCGAUCAUUGGUUGUCUACAAAAUGACUGCAACAUAAUGAAAAUGUAAAUAAAAAUGGGGAAAAUUCAUGCACAGAAUUCUCUGAUGUGUCUCGCAUGUGAAACCCACCAUUUAUAUGAACUACCAUCCUGCUUUCCAACAGUAUUACAUUUUGUAAUGAAUGAUGGAACGCUCCCAUGGUCACUUUGUUGUUUUUUUUUUUUUUUUUGGUUUGUUUUGAUUACAGUUUUUGUUCCUUUAUAAAUACAUACAUGAAACAUUUUCUUACAGUGUCACUUACAGUAAUCAAAUGGCUCGGACCAUACAAACCAAAAUUAACAAGUUGUGACUUCUUGUUUAUGGUUAACAUGGCUAUUAGGAAACGCAAAAGAUUCAGAGUGUCUUGUGUAUAAAAGAAUGUGUUAAACUCCAAUAUUCAAGUCCUUACAAGUAUUUAUUGCCUUUUGAUGUUAUAUAGAACUCCCUCAAUAGCUUGAUGAAAACCGGUUAAACUGGAAGAUCUGGCUGAAUACACAGUCCUGCCUCGUUUUGUGCGAGUGUGAACAGUAUUGUGCUAUCCAAUACUUAAAGUAAUAGAUCUAGUUAAUUGCAAUUCAAGGGAUGGCAAAAGAGUAUAUGAAUACAAAUCUCCUCCUGUCUUAGUUUUAGCUGUGUUCUAUUUCAACACAUAUUUAGAGGUAUAUUAGGGGGAUGCCAGGAAGCAACAAGAGUUACAAGCCAUCAAUCUGAAGCUUAAACAGUUGCAAGACACACAUAACCUUUGCCCUCUGUGAAAACUAAUAUUGGUCUUGUUUUAUUUGUGUUUAAAUACAUAUUACAAAUCAAAUAGAAUUAUACUAGAAGUAUUUUACACAAUGAAUAUUGUACAUUAAUCACAUGUUUUAGGUUUUUUUUUUUUUUGUAUUGCAAAUAUUUUUGCUAAGUGAACAAAAUAAUUUCUUUUGGUAGCAUAUGAUUUUUGAAUGUCAGUGGGAGCAGCUGUGCUUCUCUAUUUAUCUACCUGUCAAGGAUGGAACACUGGGUUGCAAAUAUGUGUAACAGAGUAAAAUGAAAAUAUGAAGCAAACGUCAUUUCUUAAAGCGUGAUUUAUAGCAUAAUUUUAUAAAACCAGUAUAGUGGAAAAUAGGGCCCAAUUUACCCUAUAAUUAUAUCUGGUCAUGGUGACGUAUCAUUUACGCUUUCCUGCAUAUUUCUUUAAAAGCAUAGGCCUGUUUUUCAAACUUGUGUUCAGUCAACAGUACAUGUACCACAACAGUCAAUGGUUUUAUUUGUAUUUUAUGCAAUGCAGUCUGGUGAUGCACAUACAGAAAAAUCCAAUUAACAAGCCUGAAAAUCAGCCCAAUAUUGACUAAUAUUGGUGGUUAAGUGCAUGAAGUUUGCUUAAUUGUUUCUGCUGUUUUGCAUGGAUGGGCUCUGUGAAUAUCCCGAGAAUGUGGCAUGUUUUCAGCUGCUGCUUACAUGAUUCAUUGUUGGAUAAUUGUAAUCUCAAAAGCUGACUCAUGCCAUUCAUCUCCCAAGGUUCUAAUAAAUGACAUGUGGAGUGGCAGUCCAUUCCUGCAUAAGCAAGUUAGUAAAUUCAAGCAAGCUUGCUAGAAAUGAGGGGACCAUGAUGGACAAUGGAUCUGCAGUUAGUCCUGUGAAUGACCUUUUCUACAUGCAUAAUGUUUUCAUAUUUGCUAUCUACUGUGUAU